UCGCGGGAUGCUAUUUUUGUCGCAAGCGCGAUUGCCGUUAAAUGUAAUAAUUGGAAAGGUACCCUAAGGCGUUGGAUACCUUGCAUGCGGUCAACGUGCUUACCGUGCAUAGGUUAUAAAUCUUAACAAAUUUGUGGUUCGUACAAACGCGUGUCAAGUUUGUUUUUUGUUCGACAUUUCUUUACAAAUCCGGACUACAAUGACAGUGAACAAGCAAAUGACUAAAGGAUAUAAAGUGUUUUGGAUUCGAUACGGAGAGCCGAACUCAGAGCGGCAUCAGAUAUUCAUAAAGGAGCACUCCUUGAGGAAACAGGAGCCUCAAUACCCAAAGGGACGCACGCUGUUUGUACUAAACAUCUCACCCUACAUCAGCGCUGAUAGUAUUACGAAUGCAUUUGCAGAGAGAUGCGGUCCUGUCAAAUCUGUGACAUUUGCACCAAGGCAUGAAGAAUCUCAAAACGGAUUCAAAGUCUGCUAUAUUGUCUUUGAAAAAGAAUCUGGCUUAGACAAAGCUUUAUUAUUGCCUGAAAAUUAUGUCUUAUUGUUGAAAUCUACAGAAGAUUCUACUACCGGUAUUAUAAAAUGGUGCAAGCAGUAUAACAACUCUGUAUGUGAUGAGGAAAAGACUCAAAAAGAAAUCGAGGAAUAUAUGCAUGGCUACGACCAGCGUGUAGCUAAUAGAUUAAUGGAAGCGAGCGCAAAAGCAGAGAAUAGAGGGAAUCCAGAUGGGUGGACUGUUGUCACUGGUACAAAAAAGCGAGGUCAACGCGCAUUGUUACGAAAAGAAUCAGCCAUCGGAAAGGUUCGACAAAAACAGGCGAAGAGCAAUGAAAAGAAGCAGCUACUUAACUUCUACACCUUCCAAAUUCGUGAAUCGAAAAAACAAAAUUUAGCAGAGCUGCGCAAAAAAUUCGAGCAAGAUAAAGAGAAGUUGCAACAGCUCAAAAUUAAGAGAACUUUUAAACCGUUUUAAGUGAAUUUUUGGCACUGAGUGCUAUACAAAUUGUGAAUAAAUUUAUGCUACAAAUUAA